AUGAUGACCGAAAGCAACAACCUCCUGUACCAUCCAAACGACGCUGCGUUUGACCGACUUGAAGAAAUGGAAGGCGGGGCACUAACGCGAUACCCAGUGCUGCGGUCGGUUCCGGUCCCGUCGCCGCGACCGUGGAGCACGCGGGGGGCAAUCGCGUUGCUGCUUGUGUGUGGCGUGGUCUUCGGCGUCAUUGCCGCUGUGUCGAUGGGAGGAACGUCGCCCGAUGAAAGCGACGUCGCGAAUACAGAGAAUCAAGCGAGCACGAACAUUGCAGGAGCGGCGACAACGAACGGUUCUGGCAGUCUCGGGGCCACUAAUAUCGACAGUGGGUCGCUGUGGCACGAUGACUCCAACAGCGAUUCUGCCGCUGAUGAGCUAGUCGAAAGCCCAUCCGAUAGCGCUUCGGAUGAUUCAUCUGCCUCAAGUGCGCUUGACGAUAGCUCAAACUCAGUCGAGGAAUCGGUUGAAGCCUCGAUUGGCAGUAUCGCCUCCUCCACGUUCGAAGACGUCGUGGUCAACCCGUUUGAAGACUCAGCGAGCGACUCGCUGCUCGGCUCCUUUGACGAUUCGGCGUCGGAUGCAGAAAGCGCAUCGGAAGACAAUACGCUGGAUAUCCUGCCCUCGGGAUCUGCUUCUACUGACGCUUCGGUGGGUAGCUGGUUUGUUGAGUCGAAUUCUGCCUCGGAAGGCAUCUCCUGGGAUGACAGUGCUUCGGCCGCUGAUUGGGAUAGCUUCUCGUCAUCAACCAGUGCUUUGUCGUCUCAAUCUGAAGACAGCUCGCUCGGAUUUUAG